AUGGAAGAAUCCAAGGACAUCGCUGAGACGCCGUUGGUGGCGCUGGAGCCGUUGGGCAUCACGGCGAGAUCAAAUAGUCCCAGCACUGCUCCAGCAAACUCGGAUCCGAUGACAGCAUUCAAACGAUGGGUGAACAGCCUGCGAUCGCGGAGAGGCUUUCCCCCUUCCGGCCCCCAAAGAUACGUCGAAGGCUGGAUGGAGAUUCCCCAAGCCGAUCCUGAUACCGGUCCUGAAGGGCCACCUUCCCAUGAGGCCCAAGAGAAGAAAUGGGAGUCUUGGUCGAAUCAUUCCUCUCACCUCGAAACUGUCAAGACGACAACAAUCAGCCUUGCCAGUCAAAGCGUUGUGCGGUCAAGAGGGACUACGCAGAGCACCACGAAUCAGAGCAUCAAGUCAGACAUUCGUGAAUCUCUAGAGAGUAUACGGCCGGCCUUGAGUUUAUCUAUCGAUGAGGACGCCCAGAACAGAGCAAUUAAAAGACGCCGUGUCCUGCGAGAGCUCAUCACCACUGAGUGCGAUUAUGUAUUUGGUUUGAAAGCACUUGCUGAUGCGCUCUUCAUUUUCUCCGUGAGACCUGAGAUUUACUAUAAUGUCCAGCAGCUUCGAGACAUACACGAAGACUUCCUAGCUCAACUUCGCAAGCUGACACCGAUCUCCAAUCUUGCAGGAGUUGAGUUCGAUAAUCUUAUACCUCAGCCCACUCAUAAGCGCCUCAGCGCCCUUGAACUGGGCUUUAGGGCACUUCAUUCUAAGUCCUUGAGAUCGCGAAGCUUUCGAGCAUCGGUCAAUUCCCGCCUUAAAGCUCUUGCUGCGGAAACGAAGGAGGCUUUAGAGGUCGCACAAGCCGUGGGAAAACUGUCGAGAACAUUUAUGAUAUACAAGCUGUUCUGCAGAAGCUACGGUCUCCUCACCUACGACGUCGAAUUGCUUCGUACAUCCGUUCCAAAUUGGCGGAUUUUCGACCAAGGUAUCGAGGCAUUAUCGAAAUCUGUGUCGUCCAUCGAUAGACAAGCAAACGAGAACAGAUCUAUGUCCCUGGAUGACCUUCUCAUCAAACCGGUUCAACGCUUGUGCAAGUACCCGCUGUUGCUGGAGGAGUUACUACGGUGGACACAUAUUCAGGACGACCCAUCAGCCCAUGAUGGGAUUCGGCAAAUCUUGGAAAAUGUUCGUCGUGUUGUGCAAGAAGUCAAUCGAGUCAGCAACAACCCUAUCAAUAGGAGUCUGGUCAAUAAGACGAGAGCGCUACAGGACAUGCUGGACUUUCCAGAGGGGAACAAGUCUCUUGACCUAUACAAGCAGCUAGGGCCGUUGAUUCUCUGCGGUGUCUUGCAUGUUACCUAUUCUGCCCCCGCAGAGACUGUCACCGGUUUCAUGGUCUGCGCUUUGUUUGGUAGUCAUAUCUUCUUUGCGAACAUGAACGACGACCAUCGGAGGCUCCGAGCACUGAUGUGUCUUCACAUCCCGGAUCUCAAAAUUGACACCUUGGCCAAUGACGAAGGUCUCUGCUGUGACUGCGUAUUCUCCUGGAAGUUGGUGUUUCAGGACCGCGGCAGAAAAUUCGAGCUAGUGCUCAGCGCGUCGUCGGCGAGCGAGGAGAAGAAAUGGACAACGGAGACUCUCAAAUGUGCGGCAGCAACCACCAAAGUACAAGGGGACAUCUUGGAAAGGUCACGGCGAUACGCGUUCCUUUCCUUAGAUUUGGUUCCAUUGGAUAGCACGGCACUUCCUUUGGCUCGUCGGCCGUCGAUGCAGACAUUAGGCGUUUCACGACUAUCCCCUGAAAACCCGAUCGUAGUGAUCAAGAGGACUCAUUGCCCUUAUCUCCUGGAAGAACAUAACCCCACGGACGGCGAAGUCGGGCGUUCAGAACAUCCAGACUACUUAGUGUCGACAGUUGUUGCUAGAAGGCAAGACCGGAUUCGUCUAGAACGUGCUAUCUCAUCUGUCUAUACACGGGAUGCCCUUCCAUAUCCCGGCAUGACUUUAGCAAUGGGGGAUCUUCUUUUUCGGCCUGGCUCUAUUAUGAGGAGGAAUCUUAAUCGAAAGCAGAUACCGAGGAGACGUGCCAGCUUUGUGAACAUUAAGGCUACAAGAGCAGCUGCAGCAUCAGUCAAGCAGGAACUCCGCCCCUUGGAUAGGGAAUUCGGGAGAAUCAACAAGGGCGACGAAGGGCUUGAGCUCAAGCAGGCUCGAUCGAGUGAACCGACAAUCGAUGAUCCAAAGGAGCCUUGUCUUUUACGAAAUGGAAAAGAUACGAUCAAGCGGGCUAGGACAUUCAAAAUCACGAGCACGCCCAAGUCAACUCCCAGCCCUGAGUUUCCAUUGGUCAAGAAAAAGGAGAAGGGCCAGGAGUCUCCCGAGAUCUCAGCGAUGAAGCCAUCUACAAUCCGUCGGAUGUUUACUUCCAUGUCAACGAGGAAACCGAAGAGGAAUGGACGCAUGCGAGUGGGGAGUGGAGCUUCAUGAUGGUGAUGAUGCAACUGAUUCCCAGGGGUUCCUGGGUCAUUGCAUCAAGGAAGCGCCAAGGAAUAAGCAUUGGCAUGCAUCUUCUGUGCAGGCUGCGUUGUUCUUGCAGUUUCCUGAGGUUUCGAGGACGUGGGGAAAUCGACAUAGGCGUUGACGGAG